CCGGCCCCCCUUUCUAGAAUUUUUUUUAUGUUAAUCCUGUUUUCCUCUUUUUUGUGUGUGUCCUUGAAUUCUUCCUGUGUUCUCUUUCUUGAUGGGAGAAGUAUUGAUGUUUGGCACUUAUCUUAGGGAGUCAUAGCCUUCUCAGAGAGCCUACGCUUAGAAUAAAGGCUCUGUUGUCCUUGAGUGCAUUUCUUGGUCAUUUGCAUCGGUGUGUUACCAAGUCCAGACAACCCUGCAGAGCAUGGUGUGGAGGCUGUCUCAGCAUCUGCGGGCACCCUUCCUAGGACGUUUAUCACUCUACUGAGCUUCAGAAAUGAUCCAGCAUCUAGCUGGCUAAGUGGAUUGUCCACCUUUCUCAAGAUGCUCCUUCAGUCAGGACUGCCUCUUCAAGCUGUUUUCUGGCCAGGUAUGUCUUUGUCACCAUUCUACCUUACUGGAAUUGUAAGUUAUGCCAGAUAGGUUUUUAGACAUAAAACAGCAAAUAUGACCCUUCACACACAACUAUGGUGAGUCUGGAUGUAGAAAGAAUUCUGUGUAACCAAGAAGUGUUAGAGACUAGAAUAUGCAGGGGUUAUCAAAAAAAAUAGUGAGGACAUCGCCUUCCAAGUGUUAUGUGGAAGGCCCUCAGGAUUUUUUCUACCCUCAGCUCUCAGCAGAUGCCACAUUCUUGUACUCUUGAUAUUGGUCUCACUGGACAGACAUCCCAUCUUUGCUUGUGCUGGUCGCUCUGCCUGGGGUACCUACUCCCUUCUCUACCUACUAAAAGCUUCCUCAUUCAGCUGACAUUUAUUGAUUAUCUCCUCUGUGCUAGAUUAUGGGCUAGGCCCUGGGAAUACAAAGAGUAAGGCAAGGGACCUCUUCUACCAGGAACUCAGAGCCUUAACAGGGGCAACGUGUAAACAAAAUUUUCCACAUAGGAUCAUAAGUGCAAUGAUAGAGAGAUGCACAGGGAGCUCAAAGGAAAGUGUUUUUUAUUCUUGACUAAGCCCUUGAGUGUGUCGUGCUUCAUGCUCGGUGCUGCCCGGUGCUGCCCGGUACUUUGUUCAUGCUCCUCUUUAGUGUUGUCCUCAGAGUGGUUUGUCUUAUGUGUGGCCCACUCCCCAUCCAGCUCCUUGAAGGCAUUAAGACAAGGCCAGCCUCUGACUCAUUAUUGUAUAUCCCCUGGUCCCUGGCACAUUUUAGAUUUAUUUAUACCCUACUUUGUUCCCAAAAGGAUUUGGAGUGGCUCAUAAAGCUACAUCUAGUACUAUGUGAUAAGAUAUAAAAUAAUUGAAGAAUUUGGGGUUGAAAUAAGUAUAGGAGGAGAAAAGGAUGAAAUCAUAAGUGAGGUUAGUAUCCACAAGACACACUGAAAGAUUCUGUUGUCUGCUGGAGGAGAUCCAUAGUGUUAGUUUUCAGCUCCUUAGGUGCUGAUGUAAAGAGGGGAUAAUUAUUUCUAUGCUUUGUGGAAUGGGCAAUAAAAUGCAAUUUUAAAAAAAACUUGUAAUGAUACCCGAAGACCAUUUCUCUUCUGGGACCUCACUGCAAGGGCACUGUGUGAUGUUAUACAGUCACCCCUAUAUUGAUUAGCCUGAUGAUUUUCAUGGAGCUCUUUCAGAGAAUGUUCCUUUAGUAUAGGUAGUUUGGCAACUUCUGCAAAGAGACCUCACAAAAGACCAGCUACCCAUCUAAUCAGCCAGGAACCUUCAACCAGCUUUCCUGGAGAACAGUGUUCCUUAAUCUUUUAAAACUCAUAGCCUCUUGUAAGAAAUAAAAAUCUCAAACAACUUCUCCAUUCUGAUAACUCCCCCCUCAGGUCUGGGUAUCUAACCUCUUAUCCUCACCAGCCAAGAAUAUUUGAUCUUGCUUUUUCUUAAGUAUGUAUUAUAAAAACAAUAGUUACUCCUCUCUAAUAUACAGAUAGGUUAUCAUAUUGAAUAUGACUUUCAAGCUAUAGAUCCGUGUUCUCCCAAUCUUAGGAGUUUCUGGAAUGCCAUCCACUCUCAGUUAAGAAUCAUAUUUCUAGAACCCUUACUUUAAUUGGCCAGUUUAUUUAGAUUGGUAAGCUGAAUUCCAGCUCUAAUUCAAGGAGUCUAGUUAAAAGAAUUUGUACUCAGGACUUAGGUCACGCAAGUAAGUAAAUCAGCUAGCAUGAAACUUUGAUAAAAGCUGUUAGCCUGACUAAGCGAAAAAAAGAAAGAAUGCUAUGUAGAAUUCAUUUCUUGGAAUUGGUCAGAAGUUGAGGUAUUUUAGUUUAUCAAAGAACUCAUGAUGUAAUAGGCAUUUUGCCAAGACGUUUUCUUGACUGUUACGCCUGCACCAUGGCCUUUGCUGCAUCCAGGGAACCCCUGUGAUGGGCUUCAGAUUCCCAGCAGGCUUUGCUUUUCCCAGGAUCCAGCUAAUAAUAUUCAGUGCUUAGAAUGUGCCAUGUGCUCUGCUAAGUGCUUUUGAAUUUAUAACAAAUUUUUAUUUUCUCUCAUUUAGUCCUCAAAAUAAACUCCAGUUUACAAAAGAGAGAAACCAGAAGCUAAGAGGUUUGCCUAGGAUCUUCUGGUCCACGGAUGGCAGAGCCAGAAGUCAGUCUAUUGCUUUUAGCAUGUCACAGUGCUGGUGUCUUUCUACCUUUAUAAAGUCUAAGAAGACUCUUUGAUUUGGGAUAAACCCCACAAUUGCAAGCCCCUUGGGAAUUCUUCAGAGGCUUUAGUUUGUUCUUCGGUGGAUUUGCUCAGAUUAGUAAAUCUCCCAGAAAUAGUGAGAUUCUCAGGCAGAUUUCCAAGCAUUUAAACCUGUUUGGAGUUUACAGAGUAUUUAUUUCAGUUACUGAAAUACACCCUGAAAUCCAUGGCUAUUACACGCAAAUAAUUAUGAAUGCCGGGCCUGGGGCUUCUCUCCUUAGGUUUUCAUAACUUCCCUGAGCAUCUGUGCCCUUAGCUGAGCAGCAGCUGCUUAGCUUUCUUAGCCACUGUUGGGGUCGUCAUCACUUUCCUUACUAGAUGUAGGUAUUUUCUCUCUUUUUGAAUAUUGCCUUUAAAAAAAAAAUUUCAUAUUUUGGCAAUUUCAGUUCUGAAAUAUUUCCUUAUUAAUAGUUAAUGUUCUGAUUUUCCAGCUAAUCCCUCUGUGUUCCUUCUGACUUUGGGAAAUUGUGUCAGAUAUCCCUGAGUCUCCCUUCUUUCUUUCUUAAAGAUUCUGCUGUUAUCCUGUUUCUGCAGCCCCUUCCCCAUUCUGAAACUAAAGAGCGGGACCUGAGUUAUCUCAAGAUCUCAUCUCCCCAGCCCACACAGAUGGAGAGCUUGUGCGCGGAGGUCUGCCAGGAGAGUGAUUGUAUGCCAUCCUAGUCUGAGCAGCUCUACGUUUGUCAUCAUUCCUUUUCACCGGAUUCUUUACGUCUAAUUUAAAUUUCUGCUUUUCACUUUCUCUCUUGUCCUCUGUGCCUUUCAUGUGUUUGGAGUCCACACACUGGUUUCUCCAUUUGUUUAGUUUCUCUGCAACUAACUUGGUUUGUACUUAAGUUGACUUAUCUAUAAGGUGGGCAUAAUACUAGUCUUUACUACAGCAAAAUAGUGUUGGUGAUCAAAGGAGCAUGUAUGUAAGUGCUUUUGGAAAACAACAACAAAAAAGACUCAGUUGUGAAAAGGUGUUACUUGUAAUUGAUUGCAACUUAAUGAAAAUAUAGCAACUAGUAAUAUAUGUGUCCUUUAUUUCAAGCAACCUUUGAUUAAAAACCAUGGUGCAGUUUAAAUGUUUCAUUGGUGUUGGUUAUAACAGGAUUUCCCAUCUAUCUUUCACCCCUUAAUUAUCUUUUGGAUUGUCCUAUGAAUCUUCUCUACAUUUUCUGUGGAUGACCUUGAAUGUUGUAGAAACAUGGGAAGGGUCAAGGGUACGCUCUGAAGAGCUUCCCCAUGCGCCUCCAUGAUUCACUGUCAGUCUUCCCAUUGGGAUGGAGGCCUUUGGACUUCCCUUGCCAUCACAGUGGACUUGGGGAACAGGCAGUUGGCAGUUCAGGUCCUUGUUCUAAACUCAGCCUAGCACUCCCUGGGAGAUCCCGCUUGGAAGUGCUAUCUUGGGCAAGCCACCCUCUCUGCUGUGCCUAAUCCUCCUCCCUCCUGGGACAGUGUGUUAUAGCUGGCCAUGAAGCCGCUGCCCUGCUGCUUUCUCCAGAGUCCUCAGAAGCCCCUUUUUCCUCUGCUAGGCUGACAUACAGUGAUUUCAGGGACAUCUGGGGUCUGUCCGGGGGCUGUGGUUGGAGCAGUGAACCCAGGCUGUGUCAGAGGAGGCUUGGCUUAAAUAUAAAGAACCUAUCAGAGCAGAACGCAAAGCUCCAGGGUCACCUGCAGAAGAGAGGUGAAAGUAAAUGCAGUGCCUGCUCCCCCUCCCUCCUGAGAAAUCUACACCAAUGCAAUGUUUAAACUUGGAAUGGUAAAGCAGGUGUGGGUGUGUUUAGGGAAAGCAGCAUCUGCCCUGUACAACUUUGGGUGUCCGAUAGAGUGGUCCAGACAGACCCAAAGUCUGAUUCCAGUGUGACGUCUGGGCAGUGACUCAACCUGUGAGCCUGUUUCCAACUAUGAAAUGAGGAAAGAGAAAUCUACCCAAUAAAGUUCCUUCAAGCAUUUAAAUCAGGCAGCAAUUAAUACCAGCUCCUAUGUUUUCCCACUAGUUUCUCCAUCCGUGGACCAGAGAAGAGAGGAUGGUAUGUGGUUGAUGCAGAGGAGAGGGAGGGGGUCACAAAGGGAAUGAUUAUUAUGGGAAGGUGAUAAGAGCUAUAUCUGUACAGCAUGGCUAAGCAGUGACAAGAAUGCAGAGAGGUGUAAAUGCCAGGGUGGGGGAUGAGAAGCAAAGAGAUCGGGGAAAAAGCCAGGGCCAGAAAUGGAGUGCUCCUGUCCUGCAUGUCAUGCUCCCAGGAGCUGAGCGCGACAAUCAGCUUCUCAUAAAGGCUAUUAAGAUGCUGAUCCAUAGAGCUAGCAGGGCUUGCUGCGCUAGAUACAUGCAAGAGGAAUGAUCACAAGUACCGUUAUUGAGCCAGACUGGGGAGUAGGUUCUGUCACAGCCACACUGUGCAGUGUUUCAGGGAAGAGUCCAGAGUCCAGGGGUUGGUCUGUACCCCGCUCCUUCAUCACGCCCUCCUUUGUGUUCUGUCUCUCCAAUGAGAUGAACUCCCUUGGGAGUGGGGAAUUACCUCUUGUCUCCCCUCCUCCUGUGCCUAGCAGAGUGCUCUGAACAUUGGUGUUUAGUCCAAACAUUUAAGCAGAAAUAAACAUAUUAUUCUGGAGCACACCGUCUUUGCCUACACUGAUGCUGCUGACCCAGAAGUUCUUUCCAAGACAAGUCUAGACAGCACCUUGGGAGGAGGAGAGUGCUGAGUGUGAGAGGGCAGUCCUAGAGGACUGCGGCUUCCUGCCACAAAAUAAUUGUGCUAAAACAUGUAAAAUUAUUAAAAAUAGGGCAAUGUGGUUAUUCCCAUUUUACAGUUGAAGAAAGAGGUUCAACGAGUUCACACACUUGUAUCUGGACACCUGUGCUCUUUCCACUCCCCUGACCCAGAGAUCUGCCUGUUGCCCGGCUGACAGGCCAGGCUCUUCCUAGCGGGGUGCCCAUUCCUGGGGGGCCUUAUCCCAGCAUCCAUCGUUCUGCCUGAGUGCUGGCAGUGAGAGUGCAAAGAGGGUUGAGCACGGUCAGAGCCCUGCGGGAGGGGCCGAUGGGCAUCCUACGGAGCCCCUCUGGCGCCUGGCCCUUUGCUGGACGCUGUGACGCCAGUGUUACACAGGAGCAGGCGUCCUCGCCCCCACUUUCGCCCUUACAAAGAGAAGCUCCGAGGCGAAGAACUGCUGUCGGCCCAACGCCGGUGGGAGUGGAGGGAGACCGGGGGACCCCACUUGCCCCGGGCCAGGUCCUUAGCCUGAAGGUGGCGAGCUUGGGACAGAGGCCCUAAGGGAGCGGUGCCCACGUGGGGGCAGGAGUGCGGGCGUGCGGGUCGCGGACAGAGACCCCCACCCGAGGGCUCGCGGGCCGCACUGGGACUGGGAAGGCGGAGCAGGUGGAGCGCGGGGGCAGGCCCUGGGCAGGCUCCGCCUCCCGGACAGGCUCCGCCCCCUGGGCGCGGGUUUAAAAGAAGGGAAGGCGGGCGCCGCACAUUGGGGCGGUGGCGAGGCGCGCCGGGUAGAGCUAUGACCCUGCGGGCGGGGGGCGCGCGGCUGUUCGGCGGCCUCCUGCUCUUCGCUCUGCUCGCGGCCAGCACCGCCCCGCUCGGCUGGGAUCUCCCGGAGCCCCGCAGCCGGGCCGGCAAGAUCCGAGUGCACCCGCGGGGCAACCUCUGGGCCACCGGUCACUUCAUGGGCAAGAAGAGUCUGGCCAUCCCAUCCCCACUGGGGACAGCUCCCCACAUCUCCCUGAGGGACCAGAGGCUGCAGCUGAGUCAUGAUCUGCUCAGGAUCCUCCUGCUAAAGAAAGCUCUGGGCCUGAGCCUCGACAGCCCAGCAUCUCACACCCAGGAGGCUGCUGGUACAAUUGCUGCAGAAGUGAUGCCAUUAACGAGGAAGACAGGACGACAUGGCUUAGCUUGUGCCCACCCAGGGAAGGUGCUGAAUGGGACCCUGGCAGUGGCCCCAUCUGGAUGUAAAUCCUGGGCUCAAAUCUCGGUUGUUACUCCAUUACUGUGAUUUCUAGUUGAGUCACCAGGAAUAUUGCCAAUGCAGACACAAAUUAUGUUCCUACUGUAUGUCUUGCUUCCCUGUUGAAGUUAUGAAUAAAACCCUCCUCUUUACAUAGAA